AUGAAAUCGUUUGUUCGUUUUAAUCAAUUCAAGAGAUUUUCUCAUCGUUCGACCAGUGGAUUUACGUCCAAUUUAAGAUCGACGAGACCAGUUUUACAAUCCAGCCUUUUGCCUAGAUCGAUCUUGUUUACAGCAGGAGUGUUUGGAGCUACAAUUGGAGGAUUUUAUUUAUUUGAUGCUAGAUCAGCGGUCCAUGAGUAUGUUUUUUGUCCGCUCAUCAGACAAUUCACCAAUGCGGAACAAGGCCACAAGUUGGGGAUUUUUUUGAUGAAAUAUGGGUUGGCACCCAAGUUAUUGGACGAGCAUCUCAAUGACACAUCGGAUGUUUUGGGAGUUGAUGUAUUUGGAACGAGAUUGAGGUCGCCUAUCGGAUUGGCAGCUGGUUUGGACAAGGAUGGUGAAGCUAUCGAUGCGUUAUUUGACGUUGGGUUUUCGUACGUUGAAAUCGGUUCUAUCACCCCUGAGCCACAACCUGGUAACCCUACUCCUAGGUUUUUCAGAUUACCUAGAGAUGAUGCUGUUAUCAACAGAUACGGGUUCAAUUCUACUGGCCACUUUAAUGUAGUUGCCCGUUUGAAAGUGAGAUUUGCCAAGUUGCUUGAAAGCUUUAGAAUCAGCCACAAUGCCGAGCAAGAGCCUUCCUCCAAUUCGUUCAGAAACGGCAAGUUAUUGGGAAUUAACUUAGGAAAGAAUAAAUUCGGAGACGAAGUCACCGACUACGUGAAGGGUGUCAGCAGAUUAGGUCCAUAUGCAGAUGUGUUGAUUGUCAAUGUUUCUUCCCCAAAUACGCCAGGUUUGAGAGAUUUGCAGAGCGAGCUGAAAUUGACCAACUUAUUGUCCACCGUGGUCAAGGAAAGAAACACUUUGGGUGUUAACCUCGUGAACAAGAAACCUCCAGUUUUGGUCAAAGUUGCACCCGACUUGACCGAACCAGAGAUAGAAUCCAUUGCCAACUCUGCUAAGGCUGCCAAAGUGGACGGGAUCAUUAUCUCCAAUACCACAAUCGAAAGACCCACUGAAAAUUUACUCACGACGGACCAGAAUUUGAUCAACCAAACCGGUGGAUUAUCAGGUAAGCCAUUGAAGCCAUUGUCAUUGAAGGCCUUGAGAACCUUGAGGAAGUAUACCAAGGACUCUGACUUGGUAUUAGUUGGUUGUGGUGGUAUCUCCAGCGGAAAGGACGCAUUAGAAUUCGGUAAGGCCGGUGCCACUUUUAUCGAGCUCUACACGGCUUUUGCUUACAAGGGCCCAGCAUUGCCAUCCAAGAUAAGAGAUGAAUUGGUAGCCGAAUUGAAGAAAGAAGGCAAGACAUGGCAACAAAUUAUUGGUGAAGAUGAUAAAUAG